CCGCAACACGUUACGCACAUCAGAGAAACGGUGUUUACUGUGAGUGCAGGAGCUCAGUGCGCAUAUCAAAGCGAUCAAAGGAGAUCCGUAUAAGAAUUCGAUGGAACGUUAUGAAUCUCUGGGUCCAGUCGGAGAGGGCAGUUACGGCACCGUGCUUAAGUGCCGUCAUCGUGAUACUGGUCGCAUUGUCGCCAUCAAGAAAUUCAUGGACUCUGAUGAUGACAAGACUGUGAAGAAGAUCGCCCACAGGGAGAUCAAGCUACUCAGGCAACUGCGACACGAAAACCUGGUGAACCUCCUAGAAGUGUGGAAGCGCCGCCGCCGCUGGUAUCUGGUAUUUGAGUUUGUGGAACGUACACUUCUGGAUGAUCUGGAGCAAAACCCAAGCGGACUGGAGAUAAACACAUGCCGACAGUACCUGUACCAGAUCCUAAGGGCUGCUGCCUUCUGCCAUCAGCAAAAUAUCAUCCACCGUGACAUCAAACCAGAGAACAUCCUCAUCUCUCAGGACAGUGUGGUUAAGCUGUGUGAUUUUGGCUUUGCCCGCACUGUUGCAUCGAUCAGUGAGGGCAGCGUCCUCACUGACUAUGUGGCCACUCGAUGGUACAGAGCCCCCGAACUGCUGGUGGGAGACAUUAAGUAUGGCAAACCUGUAGAUGUGUGGGCUUUGGGGUGUGUAUUAUUAGAGAUGUUAACAGGUCAGCCUCUGUUUCCUGGAGACUCGGACCUUGAUCAAAUAUAUCAGAUCAUCCGGUGCUUUGGUAACCUUAAAACUCAUCACCAGGAGCUGUUCUACAGAAAUCCUGUAUUUUCUGGAGUUACACUGCCCAAAAGUUCUGACAGACUCACUCUCCAGCAGCGUUUCCCUACAAUCACACCUAUUAGCCUGGAUCUGGCCCAGAAGUGUCUACACGUAGAUCCAGAAAGACGGGCUCAGUGUUCAGAGCUGUUAGAGCAUCCACUCUUUACACAAGACUCCUUCCACAUCAGAUUUUUGGACGAGCUAAAUUCAAAGAUCCAAAAAGACCACAGAGAAAACUCUACAUUUCCCAAAAUAACCAAAAACCCAAGAAAGGAUGAAAGGGAUGAGAAAAACUGUAAUGGCAAGGACAAGAAACAACCUGAGGACACGGAUGACAAAGUCAACAAGGAAAAGAUGGAGAAAGUAAAGGGGAAACAGCCUUUGAAGUUGUCUAAAACCCCUCGUCAGUCAGAACCUUUAAUCUCCACUAAACAAUCCAAAGGAGGCAGCAAGGUUAUCCACAAUGCAGCUCAAUCUCCUAUGGCUUUGAAAAGUAAAGCAGGCAAAGCUGCUGGUGUAGAUUUGAAGAAAGAAUCAGAGAUUCCAAAGAUAACCAGAACCCUUACUUUUGACUCAUCAGAGACCAUCAAGACUGUAGCAAACCUGGAUGUCGCAAACAGCACAGUAGCAAAACCAAAACAUGAGCGAGCGCUAUCCUCAGAUAUAAGGGAAGACCCUAUGAGAAUUAUAAAAGACAUGCACGGCUCUGACAAUACAGUGUCAGGUAGGACUGAAAAAAAUACCCCAGAGAGCUCAAGACUGUAUCAGUUUGAAUCAAGCCAGGAUUUUGAACAAAAAAUGCAUAAAACAAUCAAAAAAGGUUCCCAGUUGUUGAAACAAUCAACUACUGACCAUCUAAAUUUCUGCUCGUCUCCAAAACCUUCUGUGGAAUCAGCCACUCAUUGGUCCAAAACAGACUUGCCAAUAAAAUCCCCUAAACUGGGAAUCAAUCAUCACAUUGAGGUCCAUACCACACUGUGUAUCACCAAACAGUGUGAGACCAAUAGUCAUACUGACCAAACAGCUGAUUCAGAAGAAAGAAAGACAUCCAGAAGUACUGAAGUACUAUCAUUAAACCUCAAGCCAUCUGUGUCUACCUCAAAAAUGAACAACUCAUCUUCAAAGCUGCUUCCACAGCACAUUAACUGUAGAGAAGAUAAAGAAACCAAGCUGGGCAUGCACGUAUCUCAUUCUUCUGAUGGAGACUACAAGGUACAUCCUGAAUCUUCUGAACCUUGCUGCCUACAUCAGCAGAGCACCAAACCUAAGACCUCCACAGAAGUCACAACAAUUUCAAAUGAAAACACAAUAAUAGGGGCUGGUCUUAGGACAACACUGAAUGUCUUGAAUAAAGAGAACCAAGAAGAUAUAGUUCUCACUGUGCCCAUUAGUGCAACAGCCAACUCAUCAGUAACUCAAACCUCAAAUGUGUCUUCAGGUAAUGACAAACAGAACAACAGCAGUGACUUUGAAUCUGACAUAAAAGGCUGGAAAGUUCCUCACUCCAAAUAUUUGGUUGGAGAAUCUAAAACAAAGUCUGGAUCUUUCAGAGACCACAUGAGAUCCACAAGAAAGAUGAAUGACAACCCAGAAAGAAAAGACAAAGCCAGUAUAUCCAGUGUCCCAGAUGUGACUUCAGUCACAUCUACAGAAACUCCACACCACAAAGCUUUGACCAGAAGCUCUGUCCUUCACAACGAGGAUAAUGCAGACUUUGCUGAGCUUGAUCUGAGUGUCUCUUGUUCUUCUCCACCCCCUCAUCCACCAUCCUCCACUCCUGCCCUCAUCCCUUCAUCCUCCACAACUCUUGUCAACUCCUUAGUCAUCAAAACCCAUGGCCCAGCCAUCAGUGAUCAUUAUAUCCUAGGGGCAAGUUCCCAUCCAAGAACCCCCACCCUGAGGACUUUAGAUAAGUUAAGACAUCACGGUGGCAUUUAUACCCAAAAAUCCCAACAGUUUCCAUCAAGUCAUGUUAAAGAAUUACUUACCUUCCAGGAGCCAGAGAGGAGUCUAAUCUGUGAACACUCCUUUGUAUCUGACCGUCUCCAGAAUAGCAGCGAUGUUUCCAAAAAUAAUUCACACAUACAUUUCCCAGAUUUAGGAAAGCAAAAAGGAGCUGCCACAAACCAGCGAAAAGUCAAACAACCAUCCCAUCUACCAUCAGAACCACAGCAGCGUGGACACAACAGCACUGAAACACACUAAAACAAACAUGAAAUUUACUUUUAUUUAUGGACACAAAUGUUUAUCCUUUUGUCCAUUAUAAAGGUUUAUUUAUCUGGAUUUUGCUUCUGUAACCAGAUUUAGAUUGAGUGAUUUGUCAAAUAACCAAAAACUGUUAAAAACACAGGAUUAAAACAGUGAACUUUGAACAUUUUUUCAAAGAGAUUGACAAUGUAAAUCAUUGUAACUUGUUUUUCUGUUUAAUUACGAUAAACCUUUUAAAGUGGCAAAUAAAUAGUUUGUAAAUACAUUUUCAAUCACCGCUUAAACGAAUUCAUUACAUUAGUGUUGUUGUUUUAUUUUUUAUGAGAUCAAAGUAAAAGAGCCUUUAAGGAUAAAAUAAGGGAUGGGUUGUGAUUUGCUAACUAAACCUAAGCUAAGAACAGUAUCAUACAGUCACUGAAACAUCCCCAAAACAAUCCUGUUAUAACAGCCAGGUACAACAACUACUGUUCUAGCUGCUCGAUGUGGUAGAGUUUAAAAUAAACUAAUAAAAGAAAAACAUUCACAAAUCUGUAACAGAAAAUCAGGUUCAAAACAUGGUCAUGGUAUGAUUUUAAGAUUCAUCACUUGAGUCCUCAGAA